UUUGACAGGUAGCUGUCUGUCACAGUGCGCGCAGGCUGCUUCUUCUUGCUGUUUUAACGGACAUUUACAAAGAGAUUUUUCGUGAUUUAUUCAAGCAAAGGAUAUUUUUAGAGGGAAUUUUAUCGUGAUUGACACUUGCCAGCAUUUUUUGCGAAAGAGCAUCUGUAGGCGUGCCCCCCCUCCUGCAGGACCCCCCCCCCCCCCCGGCGAACAUGCUUAUGUAUGACUACUCUGUGAUGGGUGGCGGCGCCAUGGAGUCGCUGAUGUUCCAGACAUUUCCGAUGAUACCCCCGACCAAGGUCUCCCCCCAGCAAACCAAGCACAUCUCUGCUGACUUCUACGCCAACUUCAGGGGCAGUAUGACCCCCCCCGGCAGCCCCGACCCGCAGCUGGACCCCCUGGACCUCUCGGUGGGCCAGAGAAGCCUCUCUGCCAGUCCCCCCACCCCCAUCUACGCUGCUCCCAGCCUGCCAUCACCCCCCAUGCUAGAUGCCGGGCUCCGCCCAUGGUCCCACUAUCCCAGCAUGCCUGUGUGCUACCCCACGGUCCUCACCCAGCUGCUGCCGGGCAUCCCCCCCUCCAUGAUCCCGCUGCUGUCCAACAUCAUGGUGCCAGUCCCGGUCUCUCCCGAAGCGAACGGCGUGCCCCAGAAACCAGUAGAGCGUGACCCCUACUUGCCGUCUAGUCACCACCAAGGUCUACAGACGAAGCCCCUGAAGCGGGAACUGGCCAAUGAGAAGCCCUGUGAAGACACCAUGACCUCUGAGAUCAUGGUGCCACCAACCAUCGACAACAAGAAAUUCUCCAGGGUGCGCAGUCCCUUCCAGUUCACUAAUAGCACCAAGACUCCCGCAAUCCACGAGGAAUCCGCCGGAAAGAAGAAACGUCACCGCUGUGACUACGAGGGCUGCGGCAAGGUCUACACCAAGAGCUCUCACCUGAAGGCCCACCGACGGACUCACACCGGUGAGAAACCCUACCACUGCAUGUGGGAAGGCUGCAUCUGGAAGUUUGCCCGUUCGGACGAGCUGACCCGGCACAUGCGGAAGCACACUGGCGACAAGCCCUUCCAGUGCCCCGACUGUGAGCGCAGCUUCUCCCGCUCCGACCACCUGGCGCUGCACAAGAAGCGCCACCUGCUGGUGUGAGCCCACCAUUGCAGGCCCCGCCUCGGAUUUCGCCAGCGAACGUUUAGCGCUGCGUCUGCUCUGAAUUAACUGAACAAAUGUGUAGAUGCAGCACCAAACACUCCUGCGGGGACAUGGGCCUGGAAUAACUGGAGAACUUGGCUGGUAGCCUGGUUCUCUUCUAUUAUCAGCUGACAUACACAACAACCUGAAAGUUACAGGUUUGAGUCCUAGACGGAGGCCUGCUAUAGUGCCUUUCAGCAAGGUACUGAACCUCUCCUGCUCUGGUAAACAGGGCAUUGCCAAGAUACCAUACUGGACCAACACUGGGGAGAAAAAAAUCUUUGCUGCACUUGCACGAUAUUUACUAUUUUUAAUCUUGGACCCAUAAAAUGUGAAUUUUUUUUUUUACCAUUGUAUGUGAAUAUGUUUUUCUUUCAGGGUUUUUUCAACAUGGUUUAGUAAAUAAUGUUAAUAAUAUGAAAUACUUUCAGGGCCAUUAAUUUUUCUUGCUUUUUAAGCCACAUGGGUUUAGCAUAAAUACACGCUCAUAGGAGUUUUACUUGUACAACAGAAAUGUUCUGAGAGCAGAACGAAAAAUUAUUGGUUCAGAGAGAUAACCAAUCAAAUUGCAAAUAUCUAAUUCAUAGGUUCCACCUACUCUAGUUGCUUGGACCCACAUCUUCUACAAUCUGAUUGGCUAUGUCUUUGAACCAGUCAUUUUUCCUUCUGCCUUCAGAACAUUUUUCUGUAAGUAAAACUCCCACACGUUAAAUACAUGUCAAGUGAAUGCUUGCUAGUGUUAUCACACAACCUCAUAAUCUGACAUGCCCACUAAUCCGUCUUACUGGUCUUUACAAACUGUCACACAUAUAAGUGUUUUCGUUUCCCAUUUACGCUCACUGGGAGCUCUGGCAGAAAACUCACACAUAGAGAGUGAACAUAUCCGGUACACGUCUAAUGCAAUGACAGGGACACAGUUGGCAGUUAAGUGCAAUUAAGUAACUCAAAAUCAAUUUGAACAAUAUUUCUCUUCGAUUCUUUGACAAACAUGCCUUUAAGGAUAAUGUAAGUGCAGCAGAGGAUCUGUGACCAAUUUAUGAAUUUGAUUAGUAGUUGAUUAUGUGCCAGUGAAGAGUGUUAGAAUCUGAGAUUCUGCAGUGGGUGAAAGAUGGAUGAAUGUUAAAAAUAUGGAAAUUAGCGGGAGAACAUUUUAAAACGAAUCUGAGGAAGCACUUCUUCACACAGCAUGUAGUUAGAGUGUGGAACAGUCUUCCUGCUGGUGCAGUGCCAGCUGACACCCUGGGUUCCUUUAAAUCAGAGCUAGAUAAGAUUUUAACAUCUCUGAGCUAUCAGUUAAGUUCUCCCCAAACUUUGAUGGGCCGAAUGGCCUCCUCUCGUUUGUGAAUUUCUUAUGUUCUUAUGGUUGGCCCAGUUCUUAGUCCAUCAGUAAAUCCUAGACCAUUAGUCCGGACCUUAACCGAGAGUUAUACACUGCAUGGAAUCUGUUUCCCGUUGACUAGGCUGUUAUCAUGUCCCAGUGACACUUGCUCAUUGAGUUUUUGAGAGACCUGUAUGAUUGUCGAUGACCAUCAUGUCACACAUCUCGGUAAUUUUUUGCCAAAGUUCUCAUGAUUAAACUUUAAGCCAGGUUGAGGGAUAUUUUGCACUUGGCAGCAAAAUUUUGCAGUCUAAAUUUGCAUUUAAUCGACAGGCCUGCCAUAAAUAUAUUGUUCUUCUGAAUAGUAUCUCUUUGAAUAUACAUACACGUGUCUUAGCAACAAACAAAACACUGGAUGUAAACUGUGGCAUGAUGAUGCAGGCUAAGUGGGACCUGGGUUUGGCGUCCCACGGCUUUGACCUGCAGCUGGGCAUUGCUUUCUAACAGAGGUCAUGGUUUGACUGACAGGGCGGCGGUGUGGCAUCUCCCCACGCAUCCUGUCAAGCGUUUUGGUUGCUGCUUGUUCCUAAACUCAGAUCUGCUGACCAUAAAUCUGACUUUGCACUUUAAGCUGCAUACGUGCCGCCUGCAUUUUAUACAGAGUUGCAAUGUUGAAGCAUUUUACCCGGAAGCAUCUGUAUAUAUGGAAGUACCUGGUGGGUUCUGAUUGGUUCUGUAGAAAUACCAUGGUUUCCUGUGGCUCAGAAACCAACCAGACCAGUUUGACUUCCAGCACUGUUGGCUUGGUCUGAAUGGUUUAUUUUCCAGUUACUAAAACGCAUACGUUUUUUUUAAAUCAAAUGACUUGACUGAAAAGGGUCAUUGUUGGUAUUUUAGUGCAUUAUUUUACAUAUUUUAUAUCAGAAAUAUUAGGCAAGUAUAUGAACUUAUAUGAAUAUGAACUUACUCUGAAUUAUAUUUCCAGUUGACUCGUUGGUUGACAGUGUAACAGUAAUGACAUGUUGUCAUCUCAAACUGUGAAUUUAAACACGCAAUGUUUGGCACUUCCUGAAUGCUGUAUUAUGCAUAUAUGGUAAUAAAAACCUCUUCAAAAAGAAA